UCCAUAAUACUACUCGGUACGGUCGUGGUUAUAAAGGCAGCGGGUUGACCAUCAAGAUUUCGAGUCCCAUUCACUCAUCACCUAUCCCCUUUCUUUAACUCACAGACAUCUUCUCGCCAUGCCACGUGCUGUUUGGACCAAACUUCUGUCCGAUGUCUCUAUUAAGAGAUCAUCCCAGACUCUCGCAAUCCUGGCCAGCAAUGCAUAUAUCUAUGGCGGAGAGCUGCGGCCGCGAGAACCAGUUGAUUCUGCGGUAUACCGUUUGUCUUUGGACGCUUCAAAAUCCAGCAACCACAAUAUCAUACAGACUUCCCCGUCUGCCAGUCACCCCCAGCCCCGCGUAGGUUCCGCCUCGACCGCGCUUGCUGGGAGACUUUACAUCUUCUCUGGUCGGGGAGGUAUCGCCAUGGCCCCGAUCGAGGAAUCUGGCACCUUCUGGGUCUUUGAUCCGACCCAGAACACCUGGUCCCAAUUGGCCCCUGCAACCUCGAACUCGCAAUACCCUGUGGGCCGCAGCUACCACACGCUCACCAAUAACGGCACGGACACCAUCUAUUUGCACGGUGGCUGCCCAUCCAAUGGUCGUCUACGCGACCUUUGGGCGUUCAACAUCCAUUCUCGGCAAUGGCUAGAGUUGCCCCCGGCACCCGGCCCGGAACGAGGCGGCGCGUCGAUCGCGUACGCUGAUCAGCGAAUCUACCGGAUGAACGGCUUUGACGGGACCAGGGAGCAAGGCGGAUCCCUGGACGUGUACAAUGUACAGACGAACGAGUGGACCAGUCUCACGUAUGCAUCGGAUGGAAUCUCCGGGCCUAGUCCGCGAAGCGUGGGCUGCUUGCUCGCCACGAUGAUCGGUGGGAGGCAGUCACUGGUAACAAUGUUUGGCGAGCAUGAUCCCAGUAGCCUGGGACACCAGGGUGCCGGAAAGAUGCUGGCGGAUAUAUGGGCAUUUGAUCUCCAAUCUCAGCGGUGGGCACAGGUGGAUAUUGCGGAGCCAAACAGACCUCCGGCGCGUGGCUGGUUUGAUGCGGACGUCAUCGGCCCUGAAGCAGAUGCCAAUCCUGGAAGCAUAGUAAUUCACGGUGGACUUGCUGAGACAAAUGAGCGGUUGGAUGAUGUGUGGCGACUAGAUUUUGUCUAGUCCUGCUGUUAUCUGGCAAUGAUAUCUUCUCUUGGACUCAUAUGUAAGUUUUUGAGUGUGGCGGCAUGUCUGGACGUAUGACUAAAUAGGCUAGUAGGAGAACAACAGUGAUUGAUUGGAGGGCUUCAGUAUGUGACAUGAGAACUCAAAUAGUAGGCCAUCCGAAUCAUCGCACGAAGAUACCUUG